UUCCCGGCUCCUGGAGGCUGUAGCCCUCGCUGUCCACACCAUGGCCACCUGCUGGCAGGGCCUGUGGGCCUAUCGCAUGUACCUGGUCGUGUUCCUUCUGCCCAUUUCCCUGCUACCUCUGCCCAUCCUCGUCCCCAUGAAGGAAGCCUACUGUGCCUACGCCAUCAUCCUCAUGGCACUGUUCUGGUGCACUGAUGCUCUGCCCCUGGCCGUCACUGCCCUCCUGCCCCUCUGCCUGUUCCCCAUGAUGGGUAUCAUGGAAGCUUCUGAGGUCGGCCUUGAGUACCUUAAGGACACCAACGUCCUGUUCAUCGGGGGCCUGCUGCUAGCCAUCGCUGUGGAGCACUGGAACCUGCACAAGCGGAUCGCCCUGCGGGUGCUCCUCUUCAUUGGGGUGCGGCCUGCCCUGCUGAUCCUCGGCUUCAUGGUGGUCACGGCCUUCCUGUCCAUGUGGAUCAGCAACACGGCCAGCACGGCCAUGAUGGUGCCCAUCGCGCACGCCGUGCUGCAGGAGCUGAACCACACACAGAGUAACGUGGAGGAGGGCAGUGAAAACCCCACCUUCGAGCUCCAGGAACCAAGUCCCCAGAAGGAAACAACCAAGGUGGACGAGAAAGAUAACGGGCAAGCCCAGCCCCUCCCGGCUGUUCCUUUGGAGUCAGGGGAGCACAUAACCCAGGAACAGCUCCGGUUCUCCCAGGGCAUGAGCCUGUGUGUGUGCUACUCGGCCAGCAUUGGGGGCAUCGCCACACUGACUGGCACCACACCCAACCUGGUGCUGCAAGGCCAGAUGAGCUCGCUGUUCCCCAAAAACCCCAACAUGGUGAACUUUGCCUCCUGGUUCGGCUUUGCCUUCCCCAUCAUGGUGAUCUUGCUGCUGCUGUCGUGGCUGUGGCUGCAGAUCCUCUUCCUGGGCAUCAACUUCCGGAAGAACUUCGGCAUCAGGGAGCAGGAGCACGAGCAGGAGCGAAAGCAGGCGGCCUACCGUGUCAUCCAGACCCAGCACAGGCUGCUGGGCCCCAUGUCCUUUGCCGAAAAGGCUGUGUCCAUCCUCUUUGUCAUCCUGGUGGUGCUUUGGUUCACCCGGGAGCCAGGCUUCUUCCACGGCUGGGGCAACCUGAUUUUCUCCGACGCCGACGGGAGAGUCAUGGUGUCCGACGGAUCAGUGUCUAUCCUCAUUGGAGUACUUUUGUUCAUGGUGCCCUCCAAGAUCCCAGGACUGACCCAGGACCCAGACAACCCAGGGAGGCUGAAGGCCCCGUCUGCCCUCCUCAACUGGAAGCUGGUGAACAAGAAGAUGCCCUGGAACAUCGUUCUCCUGCUGGGCGGCGGCUAUGCCCUGGCCAAGGGCAGUGAGGUAUCGGGCCUGUCGCAGUGGCUGGGGAACAAGCUGAUGCCGCUGCAGCACAUACCGCCUCCUGCCACUGUCCUCAUCAUCUGCCUCCUGGUUGCCACCUUCACCGAGUGCACUAGCAAUGCGGCCACCACCACACUCUUACUGCCCAUCCUGGCCUCCAUGGCUCAGGCCAUCUGCCUGCACCCACUGUACGUCAUGCUGCCCUGCACCCUGGCCUCGUCGCUGGCCUUCAUGCUGCCCGUGGCCACCCCACCCAAUGCCAUCGUCUUCUCCUUUGGGGGCCUCAGAGUGUCUGAUAUGGCCCGGGCAGGAUUCAUGCUCAACAUCAUCGGGGUGCUGGUCAUCAUGCUGGCCAUCAACAGCUGGGGCGUGCCCAUGUUCCAGCUGCACACCUUCCCCUCGUGGGCCCACUCCAACACCACCACCCACUGCCUGGCCAGCCCCCCCACCGCACCUAGCCCGUAGCCCGGGGGUGGGGGGGGCACCUGGCUGGGCCCCUAAAGACCUGCCCCUGUCCCCACUCCUCGGAGCCGGGAGGGGCCGCAGCUGCAGCCCCCGGCGUGUGACUGAGGAAGGCGUGUGCGCUCAGCUCCGUGUGUUGGAGGAGAACGUGUGCAUCCAUGUGUGUGUAUGGGCAUGCGUGUGAGGAGGGUAUGUGACGUAAGCAUGACUGAGGGGGGGUCCCUGUGUGUGCCUGUGGUCCCAGCAUGCGUACAGCUGACAGCACACACGUGUGCGUUCACAGACAGCACCACGCACCCCGCCUGGCUCCCCAGGACUUUGUUGCCCCAGUUUAGUGACCAGACCCCACUGUGCACUGUAUUUAUUGAA